CAUUUUAUAUUUUUUCAUCCUCAUAUAGAUAAUCUGAACAAUUGAAAUAGCUAUAAUAGCUAUAUAAAGUUCAACAGUCUGAUAGAGCAGUCAAGUUAUUUACCUUAAUACUCAAUUAAUUUCUGGUUUCAACAGUUUUAGCAAACCAUCCAUGUGUAUUUCAUUAUUUAUUUAAUUAGCAUCGAUUAAUCAGUGAAAAACUACAACAAUUAUGGUUUUUGAAUCGUUUUGUGGUCACUCACUUUGGGAUCCUGAAAUAUCAUGUAACUCAUAUCGGCCCAUGUUUUCGCCUUGUUUAACGGAAACAGUUGCUUUAUGGUUCUCUACAGGCUUCUUAUGGAUUGGUUCACCAAUAGCUGUUUAUGGAGCCUUUAAAGCUUACAAGCCUAGGUUACCCUACACCAAAAGGUUGGUCAUAAGAUGGACUGCAAGCUUAGCACUUUGUGUUUUAACUCUUUAUGAGUUGAUUAGUGUGAACAUUAGAAGCUCCAAUGGCUUUGAUAUUUACCCAUAUCAAAAAGUAUCUGCAGCUAUUCGAUUGAUUUCCUUUUGCAUGACAACUGUUUUACUAGUUGUGUAUCAACGUAAAGGAAUCCAUUCGUCUGGUUUAUUAUUCGUGUAUUGGCUCCUAAUGGCUUUGACGAUGUCUAUCAAUUAUUGGUCCUUGAUUGAUGCAAAUAAUAAUAGAAAUCUUAAACGUUGGCAUGUUGACGCUGAAGAUUUUACCAUAAGGACGAUACAAUUGAGUCUAAUUUGGAUCCUGCUGGUCUUCAAUUGUUUUGUUGAUACAAGAAAAACGUUAAAUAGCACUGAUAAGCAGACAAUCCAGAUUGAAUCUCCUUACGAGUCAGCCUCAUUUCUGAGUUACCUUUUAUUCAGCUGGUACGACUCUAUGGCUUUACUUGGCUUCAAACGUACAUUAACUUCACCGGAUAUUUGGCCAUUACCAAGUGAAUAUAAAUCAAAACCUAUUGAUAGUGAAUUUUAUCGUCUUAUAGCUGCUGGAACUAAAUAUACUUUUACUGACUCUUCGAAAGCAUCGAAAGCUAAUGGUGAACAGGUUGAAAAAUUGGAUCUAAAGACCACCAAGACAAUGAAGUUGUCAUUGCUGAAAAUUUUGUUGAAAGGAUUCUGGCCAUACUUUGUUUUAAGUGGGCUUUUCAAGCUUGUUUCAUCAGUUUUAAUAUUUUCAAAUCCACUAUUUAUGGAUUAUCUUUUAACUUUUGUCAAAGCUACCGAUAAGCCUGCUUGGCAUGGUGUUUUCAUUGCACUUGGGAUGUUUGUAAUAACAUUCAUAAGUUCAAUGUUUGAUGCUCAUUAUGAAUUCUUGAUUCAAACAACUUCAAUGAAAAUCAAGUCAGCAUUGAUAGCAAGUGUUUAUCAAAAGACUCUUCGAUUGUCAAGUGCUGCUCGACAAUCUUAUACCACUGGAGAGAUUAUUAAUUUAAUGGCUGUCGAUCUUGACCGUAUUGUUGAAUAUGUCAACAUAAUGAAUUACCUGUGGUUUCCACCAAUUCAAUUGAUCAUUGCGAUUUUCUUUUUAUGGAGGCAACUUGGUGUUGCUUCAAUUGCUGGUUUAGCUGUGGUUGUCAUUUUGAUACCUUGCAAUGGUUAUGUAGCCCAUCGCCUUGAGGUUUUAGAAGAUAAAAUUUUGACCCAAAAGGAUAAAAGAUCAAAGUUAAUGUCCGAAAUUCUCAAUGGAAUGAAAGUGUUGAAGCUUUAUGCUUGGGAAGGUGCAUUUGGUGACAGAGUUACUGCUAUUCGAGCAAGAGAACUUAAAUAUCAAAGAUCUGACGCUUUCUGGGAAACUGGAAUUUACUUUGCUUUUGAUUGUCUUCCUUUUCUGAUGAAUUUAGUCAACUUUGCGACAUUUGCCCUUUUAAGUUCAAGUAACAUACUUGACGCUAACAAAGCUUUUGUGUCAAUUACAUUGAUAGGUAUAUUACAAGAUCCACUUGCCUUUUUACCAAUGGUUAUUGCUUACGGAGCCAAUUUUGUAACAUCACUUCGUCGUGUAAAUGAGUUUCUUCAGUGUGACGAGCUUGAUCCAAAUACAAUUGACCAUGAACCUGCCCAUGAAACUCCGAUAAAAGUUGAAAAUGCUACCUUCUGUUGGUCUUAUGGUGAUGAACCAAUAAUCUCAAAAUUAAAUCUGUCUAUCGAACGUAAUAAAUUGGUGGCAAUUGUUGGUACUAUUGGAAGUGGUAAAUCUUCAGUUCUUUCAGCCCUUCUUGGUGAGCUUUAUAAAAAAGAAGGUCAUGUCAACGUUCAUGGUCGAAUUGCAUACGUCCCACAAUCAGCUUGGAUCCAAAACGCAACAGUUCGUGACAAUAUACUGUUUGGGAAACCUUACGACAAAGAAAAAUAUGAGAAUGUAGUCGAAGCUUGUGCAUUAACUGCUGACCUUAAAAUAUUACCUGGUAAUGAUCAAACGGAGAUUGGUGAGAGAGGAAUCAAUGUCUCUGGUGGACAAAAGCAACGCAUUUCCAUUGCCAGAGCUGUUUAUUCAGAUACUGAUAUUUAUCUUUUGGAUGAUCCAUUGUCUGCAGUUGAUUCUCAUGUAGCAACUCAUCUUUUUGACAAAGUCAUUGGGCCAAACGGACUUCUUCGUAACAAGACUCGAGUUUUUGUAACUCAUAGACUAACCUUUUUACCACAAGUUGACGAAAUUAUUGUUCUUAAAGACGGAAAAAUUUAUGAUCACGGCAGUUUUGAUGAAUUAAUGAACAAAAAAGGAACAUUUGCAGAGUUUAUAGAUCAAUAUAUGUGUGAGGUCGAAGAAGAUGAUGAUGAAUUAAUGGAACCUUCAUUGAUUGAUAAAUCAGCUGACGAUAAAAUUGCAAGAAGGGGUUCAAAUAGAUCGACUGGAAGUGGAAGUAAACUUGUAAGAACAUUAUCAUCAUUCAAGCGAUCUUCUACAAUAUCUCAUAUUCCAAAAAAAGAAAAAUUAUUGAAAAAGGAACCAGAAGAAUCAAAGUUCAAAUUGAUUGAAAAAGAAGAAGCUGAACAAGGUUCCAUCAAAAUGAAAGUUUAUCUCGAUUACUUUUCCGCAAUCGGAUGGUUGGCUGUAUUAGGAACAAUUGCUUUCUACUUAUGUGUUUCUGUUCUCGACUUUGGGACUAACUUAUGGUUAUCUGCUUGGGCUGAUGAUGCAUCCAUUCCAGGUUCAUCCAAUAAUACAGCUUUGCGAAAUAAGCGUCUUGGUGUUUAUGCUGCUCUUGGUUUCGGUAAUGCCAUUUCUGUUUUAGCAAGUGUAAUUAUUUGUAAUUUAGCCGUACUCAAAGGUGCAACACUUAUUCACAAUCAAAUGUUGAAUCGUAUAAUUCGUGCACCAAUGUCUUUCUUCGAUACAACACCUGCAGGACGAAUCCUGAAUAGAUUCAGCAAGGAUAUCGAUAUUGCCGAUAGUGUCAUCGGACACGAAUUUCAAUUAUUCUUGUCACAGUUUUUCAGGUUGAUUGUCGCAAUUAUUGGUAUCGUUACCGGGUCUGUUUAUCUAUUAAUCGUCUUACUCGUCCUUGGUUUUGUCUACAUAUUUAUUCAGAAAAUUUACAUUGCCUCAUCACGUCAGUUACGUCGGAUCACUUCAAUUACCGAAUCACCUAUUUAUUCACACUUUGCCGAAACUAUUAACGGAGCAUCAUCUAUUCGCGCCUUCAAUUCGUCUGACAGGUUUAUUGAAGAGUGCUACAAUCGAGUCGAUACCAGUAAUAGAUCAUUUUUCUUGAGCAUUGGAGCCAGUCGUUGGCUAUCUAUUAGACUUGAGUUUCUCGGUAACAUAGUAGUUACAUUAGCUGUGAUUUUGGUUGUGAGCACUCGAGAUUCAUUGAGUGCUGGUGAAGCUGGUUUAUCAAUUAGCUAUUCUUUUGAAAUAACGUCACUUCUCAGUUAUUUGAUUAUGUCAAUCUCUAACAUUGAAACUAAUAUUGUUUCCAUCGAAAGAUGCUUAGAGUUCACAAGAACUGAAACAGAGGCUGCAUGGGUAAACGAGAAUAAACGACCAACUCAAAAAUGGCCUGAUAGAGGAGAAAUCAUUUUCAGAGAUUACAGUACACGCUAUAGACCAGGACUUGAUUUAGUUUUAAAAAAUAUUGGUGUCACAAUUCAUCCCAGAGAAAAGGUUGGAAUUGUUGGUCGAACUGGAGCUGGUAAAUCAUCUCUUACACUUGCAUUAUUCCGUUUAAUUGAACCAGCAAAUGGAAUGAUAAUUAUUGAUGAUCAAGAUAUAACUCAAUUUGGAUUACACGAUUUGCGAUCACGAUUAACCGUCAUACCUCAAGAUCCUGUUUUAUUCUCAGCCUCUUUCAGAGACAAUUUUGAUCCAUUCCAAAAACAUACAGACCAAGAAAUUUGGACAGCGUUGGAACAAGCAAAUCUUAAACAAUUUGUUGACAAUCUCGAGAAUGGACUUGAUUACGAAAUUUCUGAAGGUGGUGAAAAUCUAAGUGUUGGUCAACGGCAAUUAGUGUGUUUGACUAGAGCUCUUUUACGUAAAACUAAGAUUCUCGUACUUGAUGAAGCCACAGCUGCAGUUGACGUUGAAACUGAUGAACUUAUUCAAGAAACGAUCAGAAGAGAGUUUACUGAUUGUACAAUUGUGACAAUUGCUCAUCGUUUAAAUACAAUUAUGGAUUAUGAUAAAAUUAUGGUGAUGGAUAAAGGAAAUAUAAUUGAAUAUGAUUCCCCAAGCAGCCUCUUAGCCAAUGAAGAAACCGAAUUUUAUUCUAUGGCAAAAGAUGCCAAAAUUGUUUAAAUAGUUACAAUUGUUACUGAAAGUGAUCGGGCCACUUUUAAAUUAUAAUUUGAUCUCACAAUCCCAAUUUUAUUUGAACCAACCCGCAACUCAAACUCCUUUGCUGCCUUGCUCUUUGCUUGUUCAAAAGCACCAAACUAUUACAAGCAAGAUAUCGUAUUUAAACCAAGAAUACAUAUUAAUAAUCUACUUUUCAAAAUAAAUUUAAUUUAACGAUUAA